AUGUCGCUGCACAAGCCGUUUCUCGAUUAUCUAUAUCUAUUUAUAGUAGUUCUCCAUUUGACUGCUAUGCUAGGGGUCGAUUUUGUUCCAUUCUAUCCGCAGUCUCUAUGUCAACCUCGUGGCUCGCCAUUCCACUUUCUUGUCGCCUAUCGUCAGUGGUACAUCACAACAAUGUCUGAUCCUUAUUAUGACCUUGACAUUCCUGGGCACUUCUUCGAAUUCCUAGUCUAUGUUGAGCUUGUUGUGCAGUUCCCUCUAGCACUAUAUCUCACCCACGCACUGUUAUCCAAACAGCGGAUCUCUGGUUCUGGGGAGCUUGCAGCCGUCGUCUACGGUGCAGUGACGGGCCUUUGCACGGCUAUAGUUUGCAACGAUAUGUGGCAUCUGGGUCCAGAGGUUAUCACUCAUGAGGCCAAGCAAACUCUGCUGUUUGGGGCAUAUCUGCCAUAUGCCGUAAUUCCGACCUUGAUGUCAUUGGAAAUGCAAAAGCGGCUGCUAGCCCGGCUUCAUAGAUCGUCUGGAAUCAAACAGGAAUAGUAUUUCUUACAGUCAACUAUAAAGGAAGGAUUUAGACAGUCAACGAGGUGUCAGGUAUUUACUGGAGAUAUGUAUUAGUUGAUUUAUAUUCGCGUUCUCCCACCUAUAGGUACUCAGCAGACUAACAACAAGGAGCAACAUGGUGGUGUCUAGACUAGCAUAAGUCAAUUUGCACCAUACUCAAAGGGUAGAAACUUCCAUGCGUCUCGAGACUCUAUUCUUUAGCUUUGGCUAAUAGAAAUCUAUAUUACAGCA